GGUUCAAUCCUUUGCCAUGGAUCCUUCAAGCCUUCAAGAGACGCAUCCGCGACAUCCCAAUCUCUCAGACGUCACGCACACUGACGCCGUUACAGCUCCAGACAGGCCCUGCCGACACACCACCAGCAUCAGCACUCGUCCCACACCUAUCGCAAACCAAAAACUCACAACCAUGUCAAAAGACGCCCGCGCAACGGCCACAAUACCCCCGUCAUCUCCAAAGCCGUGUACCUACUCCUAGUGUAGCCACUUCGUCCUCC